AUGGGUACAACUCAAGAAAUUAUUAUUUAUUAUUUUCUAGCUUCUAUUAAUUUAGUUUUUAUGAUAAUAGAAUUAGGAGUUAUUAUUGUAUUUUUUAUUAAAUGUGGAAAGAAAUUAAUUCAUCAACAUUUAUAUUUAUUUGUAUUUUUCCUUAUUUUUGGACUUCAUAUUUCUUUAUAUUUUAAAAUAUCACAACAAAUAAUGAAUUUAAUUUUUGGGUUAAGUACAACAUUAUUUAUAUUAGGUAUAAAUGUACAACAAAAUAAUUAUGUUAUUUUAAUUGGUAUUCCAAAUAAAAUAAUUCAAGUAAUUAUGGUAUUAAUUACUAUUAUUCAUUUUAUUGGAGUUAUUGCUAUUCAUUCUUUAGUAAUUUCUCAAAAAAAUUAUUUAAUAAUUAUAAAUUUAUUAAAUGCAGGAAGUUUAACUUUAUUAGUUUUAAUACAAUGGAGUGGAUUAUUUCAAAUAAGACAUAGUUUACAUACUAAAUUAGGUAUUAUAGUAAGUAUAGUAGAAUUAAUAGUGAAUUGUAUAAAUAUUUUAUUAACAAUUCAUAGUAUUAUUCUUACUAUUAAUCCAUUUUAUAUUAAUAAUGAAUUUAUUAUUUUAAUAAAUAAUAUUUUAAUUAUUUUUGCUAUUUGUUGUAUAACUAUUUUAUCAUUAAUUAUUAAUAAAUUCCAAAAAGAAGGAUAUGAAGAAUUUAAUGAAGAAUAUAAUAUUGUUUCUAAUUCUUAUUUAGUUGAUAUUUCAUUUUUACUUCAUCAACAUUUAUUUAUUGAAGGAAAACAUAGUAUUAUUGGAAAAGCAAUAUUUCUUGGUAGUGAAGUAACUUAUAAACAAAUUCCUUUAUCUAAUUUAUUUAAUAUUGAUAAUUUACCAAAAGAAAUUUUUUCAAUGAAAAUGAUAAAUCAUCCAAAUUUACCACAUAUUGGUGGUGUUUGUAGAACAAAUUUAAAUGUAUAUGUUAUUUAUGAUUAUUCAAUGCCAUAUACUUUAAAUAAAAUAUGGAAUAAAUCAUUAAGAAGUUAUCAAAUUUAUAAAAUUAUUAAUGGAAUGGUAUCAGCAUUACAUUAUCUUGAACAAAAAGGAAUUAUUCAUUAUCAUUUACAUUCAAAUAAUAUUCUUAUAAAUGAAAAUUGUGAUAAAGUAAUUAUUACCGAUGUAUUUCCAUUAAUGAAAUAUUGGUUUAUUAAUAAACAAAAAAAAAGUUAUUUAUUACCAUCAGAAAUGUUAGAAGAAUCAUAUAGAAUAAAAUGUAUUAAUGAAAAUAUUAAAUUUGUUGUUCAAUGUCUUUAUAGGUUUGUAACACAUUCAACUUCUCUUGAUAUUAAACAAAUUCCUCCUCAAAGUGUUUUUCGAUCUAUUCUUGAAUUAUGGAUACUUCCUGAAUAUGUAAUGACAACAAAAAAGAUGCUUAAUGAUUUACUUCUUCUUAAAACUUAUCUCUUACAAAAUCCAAAUCACUAUUCUUCUUUGUUAUUUGCAUCUAAUUGA